CUCCGAGAAGCAUAUGGAGUUCUCAAAUGUUACAUUCUCAACUGUUAUCAAAGUACCGUCAUCAUCCACAAGAUCAAGCUGCUUCGCAUGACAAAUUUGCGAAGGGCUAAACACCACCUAAAUCUGCGCGGGAUUUGUAAUGCGAUUUUUGCAAUCUUCCCCCUUUGGCUUUUGCCAUUCUUGCAUUACAGAUUCAUGCAACAGUUGAGAGUGUGACGUUUGAGAAGACCAUAAAGCAGCGUAGUUCAUUAUGGCACCACCUCGUCGAGGCGGCAGUCUUUCGCCAGCUCGCCCCACAAUAUUACAACAGGAUCUUCUUCAGCCUCCCUCGGGUUUGCUCCGGCGCGCCCGAGCUACAAUUUCGGCGCGCCGCCGCGGCUCAGUACGUCCUAUAAUGGCGGUGGAGGAUUGACGAGAACUUUUUCUUCGGAAAAACUGUGCAGCUUCGACUACGACCCC